GAUACUCCACUUCCUGCAACAGAAAGAUGGAUGUGUAUAUAGUGAGGAGAGUAGAGUCGCAUCCAGAAGAGAGGAGAUCCACGCACAAAAAAGAUCUCAUUCAGAGCAUCAGCGGUCGGUUUAAGAGACAAAAGCCAAUUUAGGCAUCCAGGAUGCGUGCUCUUGUGGUCUUCCCUCUGCUGCUUUGUGCCAUCGCCUGUGUGAGCCCAGCAAGAGCGGAGGUCAAAGCGGUGAAACUGUGCGGCCGAGAGUUCCUGAGAGCUGUCGUGUACACCUGCGGAGGAUCCCGCUGGAGGAGGUUCCAAGCUGAGUCAGACAUGGAUGGUCUAUCCACAGGGGAGGAGAACAGUUUGGACAGUUUGUCAAGCAUCAGGAACCACCCAGGCUCAGACUUGACCAGACGGGAUAUGAACAACAUCCUGACGACAGUGUGCUGCCAGGUUGGCUGCAGGAAGAGCGACCUCACCUUCCUCUGCUGAAGACGGCCAUGCAUGGCAUCAUCGUUUCUUCUCCAAGUGACCAAAAAGUAAUCAGUCUUGCCUUAAUUGAAAUAAAAUCCAAAUGUAAAUCACAA